AUGAUGGAGAGGAUAAGAAAAGAAAUGAUUCUGAUGGAAAGGGGACUACACAGUCCAGUGGCAGGGAAGAGGCUCUCCAACCUCACCGACUCGGCCGGGAACGCGGUGCUCGAGGCCCUGGAAAAUUCCCAGCACGCAGGUCGCCUCAGCCCGAGAAUAACUUCCGCCUCGCUGCAUGGGGAUAUUCACCAAGGCAAGUUCGAGAUCGACAGCUUAUUGGACCACCACAACGACAACACUUCCUCCACUGAAGUGUCGUCCUCCGAAAGCCGGAAGAAAAUAAACCUGUAUCCUGAAGUUUCUCCUGACUCCGACAUGAACAGCGAUGUGGAAGUGGGCUGCCCGUCUCAUCGUUCCCCGGGAAGCAUCAGCCAACACAAGGAAAACAACAGUAAAGGUUUCUCGGACAGCAAUUCAGGAGGCUCCAACACAAGUUCAUCAUCUCUGUCGAAUCUGAACGGUAAUUCCAUGGGAAACAGCAGCUCGAGCUCGGACCAGGUGAGGAGGUACCGGACUGCGUUUACCCGAGAGCAGAUCGCAAGACUGGAGAAAGAAUUUUACAGGGAAAACUACGUCUCGAGACCCAGGAGAUGUGAAUUAGCCGCAGCAUUAAACCUGCCCGAAACAACAAUAAAGGUGUGGUUUCAGAAUCGACGAAUGAAGGACAAGCGGCAGCGGCUUGCCAUGUCCUGGCCACAUCCCGCCGAUCCCAGCUUCUACACCUAUAUGAUGACGCACGCCGCCGCCACCGGAAGUCUGCCUUACCCUUUUCAUUCCCACAUGCCACUACACUAUUACCCCCAUGUCGGUGUCACGGCAGCAGCUGCUGCGGCAGCCGCCUCAGGAGCCGCAUCUUCACCUUUUGCUACCUCUAUACGUCCCCUUGAUACUUUCCGCGCUCUUUCUCAUCCAUAUUCGCGCCCAGAGCUGCUGUGUAGCUUUCGACAUCCAGGACUGUACCAGUCACCCGCUGGUUUAAACAGCUCGGCGGCUGCGUCGGCGGCAGCGGCGGCGGCGGCUGCGGCUGCGGCGGUGAGCGCGCCCUCGGCUACCGGGCCGUGCUCGUGUCUCAGCUGCCACAGCAGCCAGGCCGCCAGCGCACUGGGCUCCAGGAGCUCCAGCUCUGAUUUUACCUGCACGGCGACCGGGCAAAGGUCUGAGAGCGGAUUUUUGCCAUACUCGGCGGCGGUCCUCAGCAAAACCGCGGUGCCCUCACCGGACCAGAGAGAAGAAAGCGCGCUUAAUAGAUAGCUCACUACUGGCAUACACACU